AGUGUUUAACGUUCAGUUGACUCGGCGAUUGGGCAACGUAAACAUCUCGCGGUUUUUUUUUUAAAUAUUCAAAUCCUGGAUAUUAUUUAUUGUCAUAAAUCCAUAUAAAAAUAAAUAAAUAAAUAAAUAGAAAAGUUCGCUUACGGUAAAAAUUGAGGUGUCAAGAUUUGGUUCCACCCCCAAAGGGUCAGCGGGUCAUUAGUUUGGUAAUUAAGUGCGGGUUGGUUUUUUUUGGUGGCAUUAGAAUUUUGAGCCGAGGCGCGCCUAGAGGAGGAUAAUAAAAAGCCUGUGAGUGAGAGAUAAAAAGAGAGGGUGUGCGGGCGUGGAAAAAGGAGUUGAGAUCACGGAAGGAUUCAGGCAACAUGGCCACUACUAUCGACGACCGGCAGGAGCUCUUGGAGCAAUUUCAGACGAUUGAUGAGAACAAGGACGGAUUCAUCGAUCUGACGGAGCUGAGGAACGCGCUGGACAUUUGCGGGUUCAAAAUGCCAGGCUACAAAGUCCGGCAGAUGAUUGAGGAGUACGAUGACAAGCAGCAGUUUCAGCACAAAGGCCGUCUCUCCUUCGAGGAGUUCGAGAAGCUCUGCAAGGAGCUCAAGGCCAACGAGCUCGGCUCGACGUUCAAGCAAGUGGUCUCCAAGAAAGAGAAUCUGGAGACUCUUGGCGGCAUUUCCGAGGCAUCUAGUGAGGGCACCACUCACUCGGUUAGACUCGAAGAACAAUUAGCCUUCAGCGAUUGGAUUAAUACUAACCUGGGUAAUGAUCCCGACCUCAAACAUUUGCUGCCGAUUGAUCCUGAAGGCCGGCUUCUCUAUGACAAAGUCAAGGACGGAAUUCUACUCUGCAAAAUAAUUAAUCACUCGUGCCCGGACACAAUCGACGAGCGGACGAUAAACAAAAAAAACUUGACGCUCUACAAAAAACACGAGAAUUUAACUCUGGCACUGUCAUCAGCUCAGUCAAUAGGUUGUAACAUAGUAAACAUCGACGCCCACGAUUUGACAGCCGGUAGAAAUCACCUGGUACUGGGGCUGCUCUGGCAAAUAAUCCGCAUCGGUCUCUUCAAUCAAAUAACUCUAGAAAAUUGUCCUGGUCUUGCAACGCUGCUCCAGCAUGGCGAGAAAAUAGAAGAUCUCUUGAAAUUAUCCCCCGAAGCGAUCCUCCUGCGUUGGGUUAACCAUCACCUAGAGAACGCCGGGGUCGCUCGUCGGUGCAACAACUUCCAAUCAGACAUAACCGACUCCGAGGUUUACACUUAUUUGAUAAAGCAAAUUGCGCCCAGCAGCGCUGGAGUCACUCUGGAAGCGCUGAUGGAGCCUAAUCACAUCACGCGAGCUGAAAUAAUGUUACAGCAAGCUGGCAAGCUCGGCUGCAGGACCUUCGUUACUCCCAAUGAUGUCGUCAACGGUAUCUACAAAUUGAAUUUGGCGUUUGUUGCCAACAUGUUCAAUAAUUACCCGGGAUUAGACAAACCCGCCGAGAAUAUUGAGGACCUCGGCUCCCUGGAGGAAACCCGCGAGGAAAAAACAUACAGAAAUUGGAUGAAUUCAAUGGGAGUUUCGCCGCAUGUUAAUUGGCUGUACUCAGACCUCGCCGACGGGUUGGUCAUCUUCCAGCUCUACGACAUCAUCAAGCCCGGGACCGUAAAGUGGCCGAAAGUCCACAAGAAAUUCACAAAACUGAGGAAGUUCAUGGAGAAACUCGAGAACUGCAACUACGCCGUUGACUUGGGCAAGCAGAUGAACUUCUCCCUGGUGGGAAUCGCCGGCCAGGACAUUAAUGACGGCAAUGCCACGCUGACUCUUGCCCUGAUUUGGCAGCUCAUGAGAAGCUACACGCUAUCAGUGCUGUCCGGUCUCGUCGGGACAUCCGGGAAAACUGUCGAGAAAGAAAUCGUACAGUGGGUAAAUUCAAAACUACAGGCCGCUGGUAAAACCAGCAGCAUAAAAAGCUUUCAAGAUGAGGCCAUUUCCAGCGGCAGACCACUCAUUGACCUCAUUGACGCCAUCAAGCCCGGAAUUGUUAAUUACGAAUUAGUCAAAACCGGCGACAAUGAAGAGGAUAAUCUGGAUAAUGCGAAAUACGCGAUUUCAUUGGCACGAAAAUGCGGGGCCCGAGUUUACGCACUGCCAGAAGAUAUAACAGAAGUUAAACCGAAAAUGGUGAUGACAGUAUUUGCUUGUCUAAUGGCCACUGAUUACGUUCCAAACAUGGACUCUAAACAAAACAACGUAACGCAAAAUAAUGUAAACAAUGUCAAUAACGUCAACAACGUUAAUAAUGUCAAUAAUGUCAAUGGACAAUCAUAGAUUUAAUUUUAUUAUCAUUAAUUUGUUUUUUGUACGUAAUUACAUUAUCAUUAAUUAAUUAUUAUGAUUAAUUCAUUGUAUAUAUGUCUACUUGCUCGGCUAGAUAAUUGAGUAAUAAUGGGAACCAAAAAUUACUGGGGACUAUUUUUUUUUCGACUGAUUUUUUCUUUCAGCAACCGCGUGAAUAUUUUUAUUUUUAAAUUACACAGCUUAUAAAUUAUGUUAAUUACUAUCGUUAUCUUUUGCACGAAAUUAAAUCAAAAUUAUGUAUGGCAUUCCAAUAAUAAUAAUAAUUAUUAUUAUUAUUAUAUUUUAAAAAUAUUUUUAUAGUUUAAUUGUAUUAUUAUUUAAUUUAAUUGCAAUGAAAUUAAUGCGCACAUUAAUUGUGUAAUCGACGUGCCAUUAAUACGUACGGAAAUGUCGAUAGUUUAGAAUAUUAUCAUUUAUUUAUAUAUUAUAUAUUAUAUAUAUAAGAAAAAAAAAGUAUAUUAAUUAAUUAAUUAAUUAUAUUAUUCCUUUUAAAUAAUUUGUACUUAUUAGGUAGUCUAUUAAUUAAGUCUUGGAAUUAAAUCGGUAGAUAAAACAAGUAAUUAAAUAAUAAUUGAUUUGAGGAAAGCAGUGAAUUUAUUAUAUG